AUGCAUGAUAGCAUACUUUUAAAUAUUAAUAUAAAAAAAAAGCAAAAAUCAUAAAAUUUAGAUUAAAUUAUAUUAAAACUAUUGACAUAUAAUUUAUUUUUAAGACCUCCUCUUAUAAAAAAUAACAUUGACGAUUUUAAAAAUGAAAGAACUAAAUUUUUUCUAAAUAAUAUUUUUGAUUUUGAAAUUAUUUGCUUAUAAGAAGUAUUCGCUUUUUUAAAUUAAAGAAAAGAAAAAAUAAUUGAAAAUGCUAUAAAGUAAGGUUUUCUUUAUCAUGCUAAAUCUCCUUAACCAUCUUUUUUUAGUUUUUAAUUGGUAGAUGGAGGUUUAUUAACUCUAUCUAAAUUUCCUAUCGUAAAAAAGAUAUUUCUUCCUUAUAAAUACGGAAUACUAUCUGAUAAUUUAUCUAUGAAAGGGGUUCUUUAUACGAAAAUCUAAAUAAAUGAUACUCAUUUACAUUUAUUUAAUACUCAUUUAUAAGCAAGUUAUGUAGGUAACGAAUAGAAUGUGAAAUAAACUGUAAUAACAAGGAUUGAUUAAUUAUAAUAAAUGAAAUAAUUUAUAAAUAAAACUCUUGAAAAUAAUUAAUAAUUUUAAAACGAAUUAAUAUUAAUUUGUGGAGAUUUUAAUGUAAAUGCUCGCAAUCAUACUUUUCCUAUAAAUUAUUUAGAUUCCUAUAUAGAACUAAAAAAUGAAAUUUAAAAAAAAACUAAAAUUUUUUUUCUGAAUAUGAUUGCUUAAUUAUUAUUUUAUCGAAUUUCUUUUAAGAAAAAAUCCUAGAUUGUAUCAAAGAAAAAUUUGGAGCUGAAUCUCCAAUUACUUAUGGAGAUGUUUUUAUUGAUAAAUAUCAAAAUGAAAUUCCGAAAGAAACUACAUUAACAGUUAAAGAAGAUUUAAAAAUUAAAUAGUGCUUAGAUUAUAUUAUUAAAAUUGGUAAUUAGGUAUGUAUUUUAAAGGAAAACGUUUAAAGUGUACAAGUUUAAUAAUUUUUAAUAAAAAAUCAUUACUUUUCAUAGUUGA